AGGGUGACGAUUGCGUACAUGAGCAGCGGAGUGGAAGGCCCUCUCCUGCCUAACUCCGCGUAUGCUGAACCGAUCUAAUACGCCCCUUACGCUGGGAGCAGGGGGAGAGGAGGAGGAGUAUGGCCCCGAUCGUUGCACCCUCGUGAGCGAGGGAAGGUGGAUGUCAUCGGUCUACUUGCCGGAUCGAUGCGUUCAGGGGAUGUGCAAAUGAUGAACCUCUGCCUAAAUGCUUCUCCUCCUCUCUUCCUCCCUUCCUCUUCCCCUCCUAGCUGAGAAAGCAUUUUCAUCCCCCUUGAUUCUUUUUACCAAUUCCUAUUUCUUCUCCCCCUCCUUUGUCCUAAUUAGUCAAGGUGGAGACGCACAGCUUCACCUAACAAUACCUACGGGUAUCUGGCGGACUGCGCUUGUUUUUCCUGCUGGGUUGACACGCGCGGGUGCGUCAGAGAGAGAGAGAGAGAGAGAGAGAGAGAGAGAGAGAGAGAGAGAGAGAGAGAGAGAGGUGGUUCACAAUGGGUGUCACCUUACCUGCAAGGGAGGCUAACCUCUUCAAAUCCAUAGUGAAAUCGUAUGAGACGAAGCAGUAUAAGAAGGGUUUGAAGGCUGCGGAUCAAAUUCUGAAGAAGUUUCCUGACCAUGGGGAGACCUUGGCCAUGAAGGGAUUGACGCUCAACUGCAUGGACAGAAAGCCCGAAGCUUAUGAUCUCGUCAGGAAAGGGUUGGUUAAGGACCUCAAGAGCCAUGUGUGCUGGCACGUCUUCGGUCUUCUUCAUCGCUCCGACCGCGAGUACCGCGAAGCCAUCAAGUGUUAUCGCAAUGCUCUUCGAUCUGAUCCCGACAACAUCCAGAUUCUCCGAGAUCUGUCUCUCCUCCAGAUCCAGAUGCGCGACCUUGGUGGCUUUGUCCAGACUCGUUGUCAGCUCCUCACUCUUAAACCCAAUCACCGGAACAACUGGAUCGGCUUCGCCAUCGCCCAGCAUUUGAACGAUAACAGGGCCACCUCUGUCCAGAUUCUGGAGGCCUACGAGGGUACCCUGGAGGAGGAUCACCCCCCGGAGUCCGAGCGGUAUGAGCACAGUGAAAUGCUGCUCUACAAGGCGAUGCUUCAAGAAGAGAGCGGUGACUUCGAGAGAGCGAUUCAAGAGUUGGACCGCAAACAGGCGAAGAUCGUGGACACAUUGGCGUGGAAAGAGCAGCGCGCGUCGUUGUUGCUGGGCCUGAAACGGCUGGGCGAAGCCGAGGCGGCCUAUCGGAAGCUUCUGGACGUCAAUCCUGACAAUUACGCGUAUUAUGUCGGAUUGCAGAGGUGUCUAGGAGUGGAGGAGGAAGCUGAAGGGAGUUAUUCGGAGGGCAAUACGGCGAAAUUGAUGGUGUUGUACGAGGAGCUGCGUGAAAAGUACCCUCGCUCGGCGGCGGCGAAACGCAUCCCCUUGGACUUUUUGCAGGGUGAAGUAUUUGCCGAAGCGUUAGAUAGAUACGUUCGACCUUUCUUGAGGAAAGGUGUGCCAUCGUUGUUUUCCGAUCUGCGGCCUCUUUAUAACCAGCCAGGUAAGGCGGAGAUCAUGGAGAGAGUGUUCACGCGACUGGAGACGAGUCUGAGAGCUAGUGGACGGUUCCCUAAGCUUGAUUCUCUGUCCUCUCCUCUUCCUCCUCCUGCUCCUUCCGCUCCCUCUUCUUCCACUUCCUGCUGCACUUCUUCUCCGCCUUUGCCUUCUUCCUCUUCUACUUCUCCUCCGUCUUCCAAGGCGGGGAGCAGGAGGAGGAGGAGGAGGAGAGAUGACGAUGAUGAAUCUGAUGUCGAUGCUGUCCGUGCCUCUGGUGAUCACGAUGAUGAGGUGGUGGAGGAGGAGGAGGAAGAAGAAGAAGAAGAUGGAGAAAUCGACGACGACCAGGAGCCACCAUCGACGUUGAUGUGGAUGCUGUUCCUGCUCGCUCAGCAUCACGACAGAAGGGAACGAUUUGACAAAGCAUUGGAGAUGAUUGACCGCGCCAUUGCCCACACUCCGACCGUAAUCGACUUGUAUCUGAUCAAAGGACGGAUUCUCAAGCACGCGGGGGACCCCGUGGCGGCGGCGGCGCUGGCAGAUGAAGCCCGCAGCAUGGAUUUGGCGGACAGGUUCUUAAACAGCGAGUGCGUGAAGCGCAUGCUCAAGGCCGAUCAGGUGGAGGCCGCGGAAACCACUGCCGCGCUUUUUACCAAGGACGGAGAUCAACACAACAACUUGUUUGACAUGCAGUGCAUGUGGUACGAGCUGGCAAGUGGGGACAGCCAUCUGCGGCAGGGAAAUUUCGGGAAGGCGUUGAAGAAAUACUUGGCCGUGGAGAAGCACUACCAGGACAUGGAAGAAGACCAGUUUGACUUCCACACGUAUUGUUUGAGGAAGAUGACGCUGCGCGCGUACGUGAAGAUGCUGCGCAUGGCGGAUCGGCUCCAUAGCCACAAGUUCUUCUGCAGAGCGGCGGCUGGAGCGGUGAGGUGUUACCUGAAGGUCUUCGACAAGCCGCCGUCCGCGACGGCGGAAGAGGCAGACGCUGCAACAAUGCAGUCGAUGACAUCGGCGGAGAGAAAGAAGGCAAGGAGGCAAAAGGCGAAGGGAGAGAGGGCGAAGAAACUGGAAGAGGAGAGAGCAGCGAAGGAGGAAGAGGCGGCGGCUGCGGCCGCCGCCGCCGCCGCUUCCGCGAAAGGAGCGGGAGGAGGAGCGAAGAAAGGAGGUGGUGGGGCUUCUCAGGGUGCUAAGCCCGUGGAUACCGAUCCCGAUGGCGAGAAGCUGCUGCAGGUGCCCGACCUCUUGGCAGAGGCGAGCAAGUACCUCCGACUUUUGCAGGACCAUGCCGAUAGCUCGUUCGAGACGCAUCUUCUGGCUUACGAGGUGGCUGUAAGGAAGAGGAAAUUGUUGCUCGCCUUGAGGGGAAUCAAGAAAAUGCGGCGGAUCCAGCCGCACAAUCCCGACGGCCAUCGCUGUUUGAUCGGGUUUUUCCACUUGGUGGAUGGACUGCCCGUUGAGGACGUCAACCCGGUAGUGAUGGAUGUGGUCACAGCAGAGAGGAAGGAGAUGCUAGGGGCGAAGUCCUUGGUCGACUGCAAUGAGGCUUUCCUGGACGAGCACUCCGGGAGCUUGAGCCAUAGGGCAGUCGUGGCAGAGAUGAUGCUUUUGUUGUCGCCUGAAAAGAAGGAGAUGGCAUUGAAGCUCGUCCUCGAUUCUCCGAGUGGAGGUGGUAACCUCGCUGGUGGUUUUGAUGAUGCUGACGUGUCGUCCCGGUGGCGAUUAGACCAGUGUGUUGCGGUUCAUCGGCUGAUUCAGGAUAGCUUCAAGGACGGGGAGGCGGCGGCGCGCUGGAGGGAGCGGUGUAUUGCGCAUUACCCCUACUCGCUCUACUUCAGUGGUCCAAAGAGUUCCAAGGUAGUGGGUUUGCCUGUGGUUGCCGGCGUUGAAAACGUGGCUGGUGGUGGCGGCGUUGGAAGAGGAGGAGAAGGAGGUGGUGGUGUUCAGAAGGAGGACUCCAGCUCGCCGUGUGCUGCGCAGAACAACACUCUUACCGUGUCCUCCUCAAGUACGGCCCCUGGGAUUGUUGCCACGGAGAACGGUUCAGGGAGCACCACCUGAGAAUAGGUCAUCGGAACCAAGGAGAUUGAUUGAUUGAUUGAUUGAUUGAUGAUUGAUUGAUUGAUUGAUUGAUUGGUUGGUUGGUUGGUAGGUUGGCUGGCUGGUUGGGCGGGCGGGCGGGCGGGCGGGUGAUGAUGGGGAUUAAACCACUCACACAGUUUUGCUUUGGCGGGCGCGCCGGCGAAUGGAAUGCAGAGUGAUGGGUGGCGUUGUUUGCCUCCUCUUGUUUCUUCUGCUGCUGCUCCUCUCCGCUACUUGUCUUCCUCUCUCUCCACUCUCCCCUCCUCCUCCCCCUUAUCCCCCCCCUCCUAGACAUCAGUUGCCCCAGGUUGAUUGAUCGAUUGGUCAGUUAUUCCACGCGUCUGCACGCGCUUCUAGUCUGCACUGCGUUGGGAUACCGUCUGGAUAUCUGGCGCCGCCCUGCUACCUCCUCCUCCUCUACGCUUGGCCUCAAUUUCUUUCCCACCAUUGCCAGUUUUACCCAAUCUCCCGUUCUCUCCUUGUUUUACCAACUCUUCGUCUCUGUGCUUGAGAGGUCUAGUACGUCUUGCGCGGCCUUUGACAUUUCCAUCCUACGUGGUCUUCAUUGUGAGCAUGCCAUCCAUCCUGCUCCUUCUCUUCUUACCCCUAGUUCGCACUCUGGUUCUCCCCCUUCCCCUUCCCCUCCCCCCCUUCCCCUCCCCCCCUUCCCCUCUCCCUUCCCAAGGAUCCUUCCGUCCCUUCUCGUAUUGCUGACCUUGCUGCAAACGGCUAUGGCUUCAAGCUGAGAGAUGGCCCUUUUUUAUCGCUGCAAUUUCCCAUCACCUGUUAAACCGAACGGACGAGGGUCUUCGAGGGGCCAGUUUGCUGUUGAUUCUCGGUAGUGGGGCGUUGGCCCCUAAGAGUGGUGUUCUCAGCUUCUAUCUUCUGCGGAAUUACAGUAGUUUGCAGAGGAGCAGAAUGCUGAGAUAAGAAGAUGAGGAAAAGGGUGGAGGGUGAAGGGGGUUGCGUGGCAAGUGCAGCCCAACAACCCUGCUUUCUGUCGGUUUGGGCAUAAUAGAAUGAGCGAGGCUUCCCGUCCGUUUGACAGUGAGGACCGUAGACCCUGCCGGUGCAAACACCCGCACGCAGAUGUACACACACACACACACGCACACACACGCACACACACGCACACACAUACAGGCACACACUCAGGAGAAGUCAUCGGCAGUAAUUGUCCUUGUUGAUUGGCUUGUUGGCGAUCUGCAAAUGGGGGAGCUCGAGGGGCGUCUUGCAUGUGUGAGUGGUUGAAUGUUUGGUGACCUAAUGCGGAGAGAGAGAGAGAGAGAGAGAGAGAGAGAGAGAGAGAGAGAGAGAGAGAGAGAGAGAGGGGGGGGGGGGGGGGGGGGGGGGCGGGGGGGGGAUGAGAAAGGAGGGACGGGAAUGGAGAGUUUGGAGUGUGUAUUACACACAGGUUGAGUGGCUGCCAGGUCCCUGUGAUUGUUCGUUCGUGGGCAUCGUGUUGGUUGUGUGACACGUGGCGUCCUGAUGCAUCUUGUUAGGUGUGUGAUUUAAGUGACGUCGUUUUCACGUGCGUGACACGCGGAAUCAUCAUGUUUGUUGUGACUUUGGCGACAUCGUUGUUGGUGAGUUACACUUGGCGUUGUAGUGGCUGUGGGACGCAUGCAUUUUCAAAGUGAAUGAACAUGUUGUUGUUGACAUAGGGUGGAGACGGGAGCGGGGUCCAGAGGAGGUGGGUGCAGAGAGGUGGGUGCAGGACCUAGAGUGGUAAAUGGUACAGUCAGUGAGUGCCCUGUUGAUAUAAGGAAUCGAUAAAGGCCAAAGGCAAAC